AUGGCACGUCGUCGUAGUCGUAGUUUGUCGCGUUCUCCUGGUCGUUCUCGACGUCACGUGCGUUCAUCUUCAUCAUCUCGUCAUUAUCAAAGCAUUUCUUCAUCACGUCAUCGCAGUAGAAGUCGCAAUCGACGUCUAGACGCUGCAGUAUCGUCGAAAACCGAUGAAAAACAUGGUGAGAUUUGUCUGAGCAUUCAAGAGACGAAUCAAUUGCGUCUUUCGUUGGGUUUAAAGCCACUUUGUGUGGGAUUAUCAAAGAAAGAAGAAGAGGUUGUCAAUGUACAAAAGACAAGCGCUGAGAUUGACGCGGAACGAGCGCACGAGGAGCUAAAACGGAAGGUACGAGAGUCCAAGACUAGACGAGAAUUAACUCAGAAAGUAGCAGGAAAAUCACUUGGACAGGAGCUAAGAGAAGACUUGGAAGCUCAAGCGAAGAGCAUGACAGUGGGACAUUCAUUGGAUACUUUUGAAGAAGGAGAGGAGGUUGUGUUGACGCUAAAAGAUACGAGAGUGUUGGGACAAGACGGGAACGAUUUAAAUGAAGAAGACGAUGAACUGGUGAACGUCGAGUUGAGUGAGAGAGAUCGACGUUUGGCACAACAGGCAAGAGCUAAACGAGCGUUGAUGCCAGUGUAUUCAGGAUAUGAUGACGAUGAGUUUAUUGAAAUGGGGAGUUUGAGGAAGAUAAAGAAGAAGAGUGGAACCAAGUUACUUGCACAGUAUGAUGAAGAUGAGGAUGCAGCAGAUGCUGAAGCAGCGAGAAAAUUUAAACUGGAUGCGUCAGGAGGAUCAGCAGUGUUGCAUAAAACGAAAGAGGAGGAACGGGAUGAAGACGUGGCGGUGAUCUCACUAGCAAUGAACCGAAACAAGCGGCUUGAUGAUUACUACACAAAAGAAGAAGUGGACGCACAGUUUGCGAAACACAAGAAAAGCAAGAAGCUGCGCAAAAAAACGAAAAAGAAAUUACGUCGUCGUCAUGAUGAAGAUCUCGACGAAAAUGAUACAAUUGAGGUGCAAAGCGGUGGUGAAGCUGCAUCUCUCGUUGCCCAGCUAGAGCAAGAGGCUCUCCAGGCCGGUACAUCAGCGUCUAGAGACCGCGGGAAGCGCAAACGUGACCGUCAUGAGGAUGAAGACGCUGAUGAAGAGAUAAGCCUUCUUCAUUUUCAGGAAGCACGGGAAAAAGCAAGUGCGGUAGCAUCGGAGGCGCUGGCUGCCAACGUCAGCAAGAAACGUAUGAAAAGAAGACCGAUUGACGAUGACGAGAUCAUAGAUGAUGCUGCCGCGAUUGAUAGAGAGCUUAGCGCUUCGCUAGCUCGUGCUCGUCAGGCGGCACAUCAACAAACUAAAUGUCAGGUGCCAUUAGUUCCGACGACAAGCGAGGACCGGAUUGCGCAGCUUGCGAGUCAAACUAUAAGCAAGGAGAAAGACGUGACCACUGCACUUGGCACAGACAAUGGAGGGGACGUCAUAACGGAUAAUUGCGCCAGCCUUAGCAGUGAGUCUGUUGGUCACGUGUUUGGCGAGGUUGGCACUACAUCAAACGCCGUGGUGUUUAACGAGGCUACCGACUUCGAGACGCGGCUGCGUGACGCCAUGGAAAAGCGUGCAGCUCAGUUCCAGGCUACACCUAGAGAUGCUACAGUGCAUAACGCGUCGAUGACUACGAAAUCUUACGAUGAAGAGCAUAGACAAAAAGAGGACAUAGCAGCUGUUGAAGAGAAGAAAGCAGAGGACCAUAGUGAGGACGAAGAGACUAAGGAGAACGAGGUCUGGGGUGAGGAGCAGCAUCUCGUUGGAACAGGAAUGGGUGCAACCCUGGCGUUACUACGCAAGACCGGAGACCUGCGCCAGACUCGUGUUGAACGACAGGCUGGUCGUGCCAACGAUGCACGCGAUCGCAGCUUUGAGAAUGACUUGCGUAUUCGAAACGGUGUGAAGCUGGAUUACCGCGAUGAGUUUGGUCGUUUGCUUACGAAGAAGGAGGCUUUUCGCAUGUUGUCGUACAAGUUUCAUGGCCAAGAACCUGGAAAGAAGAAAAAGGAGAAGCGAUUGAAGCAGCUCAAGGAGGAACUUGAGGCGCAGAAACUACUCUCUGGGGAAGGCAGCACGAAGAUGAUGAAGGUGCUUGAGAAGAAGCAAAAGCACACGAAAGAAGCGCAUGUUGUGCUGUCGAGUGGAGUAUAG